CACAUGGGGAGAGCAGCCUGUUUAAAACAGCCUCGGCUCCCUCAGUCAGAGCAGUGCAAGGCACAGAGACAGACACACACGCUCCCUCUGUCCUGCUCCACGCACACACAGACACAUGCUUACGCACUAAGAAGGCAACUUCCCUCUAUCGGACUGACACUACACACUCGCCGGGAUAGCACACUCCCAUUCCCCACUGGAGAAGAGGAUAAGGAGUGACAGAUCAGGAAAAAAAAGAAAGUACAGAAAGAGCAAAAGCUUCCCAGGUGAAGAGGAGGACAGAGCCAAAGAUUUCUCCACUCUAUGAUGGCCAACCUUGUGACAUCGUUGUGCUGUGUGGUUCUGGCCGCAGUGGUGGUAGCCUACGCUCAGAGACGCAGCCAGCUUGUUGCAAGGAACCAGUAUGAGCGGAGGGGCAGCGAUGUCACCAUGCAGUGCGGCUCCCUGGAAAGUGACGUGUCAGUGUCAUGGAAGGUGAAUGGGACAGACAUCGAGGCCCAGCACCAGCUGAAUGGGCCAAAGCUGAUCCUUACCCAAGUUGAUCUUGAACACAAUGGACUCUACAGCUGCUUUCAGAAUCCGCACGGAGAAAGGCGCGAUACCAUCAUCCUCCACGUUGGCAUUCCCCCUCAGGAGCCCAAAGUCACCUGUCGCUCCAACACCUACCCUAAAGGCUUCUACUGCAACUGGCACCUGGUCUCUCCUACAUACAUACCCACCACCUUUGAAGUGGACGUGCAGCACAACCAGCGCUCACUGGAAGUGCAGAAGGAUCCGGUCCACAAGAAUCGCUGCCAUGUACAGUUCCCGGAGGUCUUCUCCAUCAUUCCAUACAAAGUUAACGUGACAGCAGUCAACGCCUUAGGGAAAGCCUACGUUACGCUAUCCUUUGAAGAGUCCAGUAUAGUGAAACCGGACCCCCCAGAGCGUGUGACGGCAACCCCGAUCCGCUUAAAACCUCGAAAGCUGGAGGUCUCCUGGCACAGCCCUGCUACGUGGCCCGAUAUAGACGCGUUCCCUCUUAAGUACUUUCUACGCUACCGACCACUGAUUCAAGAGAGGUGGCAGCAUGUGGAGCUAUCUGACAGCACUUCUCAUACCAUCACCGAUGCCUAUGCUGGGAAGGAAUAUAUCAUACAGUUAGCUGCUAAGGACACAGAGAUUGGAACAUGGAGUGACUGGAGUGUUGCUGUCCACGCUACACCCUGGAUUGAGGAUCCUCUGCCAAUCACUUCCACAACUGAAGUGGACUUUCCUAAUG